UUGCAAUGUUACAAUCAUAUGUUACAUAUUCUGAAUAUAAUAUGAUUUAUCAUUUUAAAGGAAAGCAAUAUGUUUUAACAUUUCCAAGGAAAGUUGUUAAAGUAUAUCCAUUAAAUGUACCAUUUAGUUUAGAAUAUGUAGUAAUGGUAUUUUGUAAUAGUAUCAGUAUUAAUCAUAUAAAUUUAAAAGAAGGGACAUUAAAUAAUACAACAAUUUAUUCAUUUUCUACAAUAAUUGAAAGUGUACAAGAUUAUUUUUCUAUAGUAAGAGGAGGGAUGAGUAAAUUUGUACUAUUAUAUAAUCAAAAAAAAGUAUUUUUAUUUGAAGUAGCACCACUUAAAUUACAAGGAGCAACACCAGUCAGUACGAGUGAAUUUAUGAUAGAAAAUAGUAAACAAACAUUUAAUGGGAAAAUGAUAGAAUUUGAAGAAGAAUUUACAUGUGUUAGUUUAGGAAAAACGAUAUAUUUAGGAGGAAAAGAAGGAGUGUUUGAAGUUAAUGGGAAGGAAAUAAAAAAUAUAAGUAAAGAAGUUGCAAUAAGAAUUGUAAGUGGAAAAGAAAAUUUAACAAAAGAUGUUAAUGACCAAAUAGGGAUUUUAACACGGAAUAAAAUUAUAUAUGGAGAUGUUACUCAAGUUGGAUUUAAAGAAAGAGAAAGGAAAGAAAUAGAAAAAUCAAUCAAACAUAUUUCAACAGGAUGUUAUGAAAAUGUAAUGAUGAUAGGAUGUGGGUUUUCAGAUAAAACAAUAGUAUAUUCAUAUGGGAAUGAACUUCAAGAAAAAGAAUUUAGAAAAGGAAAAAGUAAUAUAGGGAAAUAUUUUGGAUUAGUUGAAGAUAAAGUAGUAAUUAUUACGAAUGAUAUAAAAGAAGGAUGGAUAGAAGAAAUAGGAAUUAAAAGAGAAGAAGGAAUGGAAUUAGCAUUAAUACCACAAAGUGAUAAAAAAACCGGGAAUGAAAAUGAAGAAAAAAGAAGAAUGAAUGAAAUUAUUAAAAAACAAAAUGGAUAUAUUGAAAAAGAGAAUCAACAAGCUAUUGAAUAUAUUAAAGAAUAUAAAGAAGAAUAUUGUGAAAUGAAGAAUAAAAAUAAAGAGAAAGGAAAAAUAGGAAAAGAACAAAAUCAAAAUUAUGAAGAAGGAAGAAAAAUAGAAGAAAAUAAUCAAAAUGAAAAAAUGAAUAUUCCUAUGAUAGAUUCAACAUAUUAUGAUAUAUUUUCAUCAUAUGUUAAAGAAUAUGAAGAAAUAAGUAUAAUGUUAAAUGAAUUAAAUGGAUUAUUAAAAACAAUAGAUGAAUUAAUUGGACGUAGUGAUAAAUCAAUUACAGAAUAUAAUUCAUUAUUAGAAAUAUUAGAAAAAUAA